UGGUAAGUUGUUUGGGAUAUGGAAGUUACCGAAGGGGUUUAGAAGAUAAGCUCUUCCUUCUAUAUCUCCAACACAUCAUAUAAUCUCCUAAACAACUAGUGUUGGUCAAUUUUUCUCUUCUCUCUACAAAGGAUUUUCGACCAUCUCACCUCCACAAGCUUCACCGAUUUUUACACUAUCCAAUCUUGUGUUCUUCUUGGUAUAGAACCAAGUCAAGAAUAAAGAAAGAUCAAAACACACUAAUCAAUACUUUAGUUUUGAUUUUCUCUUCCCCGAUUCAAUCUUGAAGCACGAGAUUUGAAUCUUGAUCCUUCUCAGUGUGGUGUGGAUGUCGUUAGAGGAUUCUUAUGCUGGAUUCUUAACUGGAUGGAUCUUGGAAGAGGAGCAAUACGUGUAGACGAUAGAGGAGAAACACGAAAGGUCAAUUCACUCCCUUCUCUUCAUGGCACAAUGGUGAACGAAAUACUGAUAAUACCCCGUGAGGCCAAGGAACCCCUAAAGCGCCGAUACGGAUCUGGGCAUGGCCCAUUCCACCAUAGCUUGAAGUUUAGAUGGGUUAGCCGCCACACCAACGUCCGAGAUGAUAUAGCCCAAGUUUUCAACAUAUUAGAUAUCGUAACUACAUUUAGAAAGCUUCAUAAAGAAUCAUUGUUAGUGAGAACCUACAACACUAUAUGUAGGUGCAAUGGAGAGGUUGAAGGACAUGAUGAGGAAUUCAAAAUGGCCAUGAACCAUACGAAAUGUCGUCUAAUGGACAUCCUCUGGGGCUACCCUAAUUUGAUAGUAACACCAGGUAAAUACAACUUGAAAAACACUGUGGCACCAUGUAGCCUGCAAGGAGCUCAUUGGCCAAUCGGAAUCGAAAAAAGGUCAUUGACCGUAAUAGCAUUCAAUGCGCAAUAAUCAAUGCAAAAAUGCCAAGACCUAUCUUUCUUAUUCAACAAUAAGAUCAGCACGGAAACUAGACUCGUGCUAGGCCAGAUAGUGCCAUCGUGCAACAUUUCUAAAAUCAGCACUGUCGUGACCUCCUUUUGUGCAUGUGGGUAUCUGUAGGGUUUAAUAUUAAUGGGAGAGUGGUGUGCUAGUAGAGUGAUGUCAAUCCCCAAAAACUCGGCAACAUGGGAUUGAAAAAUGUUAUGGAAGCUCCUCGAGUCUAUCAAAAUAAUUACAGUGUACUGAGACCAGUUAAACACAAGGUAUGCGUUGAACUUGAACCUAACCAAGUAGCUAGCAACAAGUGGAAUUGAACAGUGUUGGAAUAGGUAACCAGA